CCACAGACCUAAUCAAGAAUGGAGGGAUAAGUGAAGAAGUUGCAGGCCGGCCAUACUUAUUACUCCUAUUCAAAAUUCACAGGUGAAUACAUUUACUACCCUCCAACCACCGCUAACUUCCCUSUAUUAUUUACUCCUUCUGCCAACUUUUUUCUGAAUCCAAUCCACUUCCUCUUUCUCACAACUGACACAGAAAAAAGUAGCAAAUGAGUAUGGAUGGUGAUGAAGGAAGRAGGAGGCUUAGUUGCAGGUUAUUAUGGAUGGUGGUGGUUGGUAUCUUGUUGAGUGGUGGUGCCGUAGUCUGUGGACAAAGUGAUGAAGACAGUGGUGGUGGUGGUGUUUUUGAUGCAUCUGCGCCGGAAGCACAAGUUGCAGCAGCGAACGCGGAGAUGGUGCCGGCGAUGUUCAUAUUUGGAGACUCACUCAUUGAUAAUGGAAACAACAAUGACUUGGCUUCUUUAGCUAAAGCGAACUAUUACCCUUAUGGCAUCGACUUUAAUGGAGGUCCUACCGGCCGAUUCUCUAAUGGUUAUACCAUGGUUGAUGCCAUAGCGGAACUACUGGGACUGCCACUGAUACCAGCCUAUUCGCAAGCAUCAAAUUCAGCAGAUCAAAUGCUGCAUGGUGUCAAUUUCGCUUCUGCUGCCGCCGGAAUUCUCGAUAUCACUGGCCGGAAUUUUGUGGGUCGAAUUCCGUUCAAUCAACAGAUAAAGAACUUCGAAAAUAGUUUGGAUCAACUAAGCRAUGCGUUGGGGUCACCCGAUAUUAGUCAGGCGCUAGCUCGAUGCAUUUUCUUCGUAGGAAUGGGUAGUAACGACUAUCUAAACAACUAUCUUAUGCCCAAUUACCCGACUCGCAACCAGUACGAUGGCAACCAAUACGCUGAUCUAUUGUCCCAAGAAUACACCACUCAGCUUCGCCAACUUUACAAUCUUGGAGCCCGAAAGUUUGUUCUAGCAGGGAUCGGGCUUAUGGGUUGUAUUCCAAGCAUUUUGGCWCAAGGUACGACAGGAAGAUGCUCCGAUGAAGUGAACCAGCUCGUUCUUCCUUUCAAUGCAAACAUGAAGACGAUGAUCAACAAUCUAAGCGUCAAUCUCCCUGGUUCCAAAUUCGUUUUCAUUGACGUUCAUAACAUGUUCCAAGAUAUCCUCGCAAACGCUAGAUUUUAUGGUUUUCGCGUGGUGAAUAGAGGGUGUUGCGGGAUAGGAAGAAAUAGAGGUCAGAUAACAUGUUUACCGUUACAAACGCCGUGUCCAAACCGCAACGAGUAUGUUUUUUGGGAUGCAUUUCAUCCAACAGAAGCUGUGAAUGUGUUGAUGGGAAGGAARGCCUUCAGUGGAACUCCUGAUGUUGUUUAYCCCAUCAACAUUCAACAACUAGCAAACCUUUGAUGUUCAACAUAUUCAUGUAUGAAGAAAUUAAUUUGUGUUUCUUUGUGCUUUUUGUGAGAGAAAUUGAAUGAUCUUAGUUUGC